GACACCAGGGGUGUCUCAGGACUAAACGCCACAGAGAUUGUGGGACUGCUGGAGCGUUCAAAGGAAAGCUGUCUGAUCAGGCUAAAAUCAUCUUAAAAGGGGCAUGUAAAAGCUUUGGCAUAAUGGGCAGGUGACACUGGCUAUAUGUAAUUGAGGAGGACUUACCGCAACAAACUUACCAAAGUGGAAAAGGAUUAUUCUUUUUAAAAAAACACUACCGCUGGAAGUGAGGGCCAGUGAAGCAGGAGAAGCUGGUUGCCACGGAAUGCAUAUUGACAGUUGUCUCUAAGGACUGAAGAGAGCGUAGCACAAACCUCAAUGCGUAGCAUGAUGAAUAACCAGCAGACGUUUAAGAUUCUGAAGAGGACACCGGAUCAUUUUCCUGAAGUUCGCUAGACUUGAUAAACAGCCGGACAACAAAAUUCUUCCAAAGUAAUAUAGAGACUGAAUGCCUGUAGCCUGUCAAUCUGAGUGGAGGUUGGCAAGUGAGCAGGGAUGGAUGUGUUUGGAGGAGCACCACGGUUCCUUGCCUACCCUCGUCCUGUGGUAGUACAAAGUGGCACAGAUGCAGUUCUGAAAUGCCAGAUUGGUGGGGAUCCCAGACCAGCAGUUAUAUGGGAGAGAAACAAUGAGAAGAUUCAUCCAGAGGGAAGAUACCGGGUGUUUGAGGAUGGCAAUGUCUAUAACCUUAUCAUAACUUCUGUGACAAUGGAGGACAGCGGGCAAUACAUCUGCAAGGCCAAGAACUGCAUUGGAGAGACUUACGCAGCAGCCACUUUGAAAGUAGAAGGUGAAGCACAGGAGAUGGAAUUUCGGGAAGAAAACAAGCCCCGCUUCCUCAUCAAGCCCCUCUCGACUAGAGUUGGACGAGGAGAGGAUGCUGUGUUCUCCUGUAAGCUGUGGGGAAACCCUAGACCAGAAGUGAUGUGGGAGAAGGAUGGCAAGAAGUUGAAUGAGAUCUUUGAAAGCACACAUUUCGCCAUCAGCUAUCAGGAUGGAGGAUGGUUCCAACUAAAGAUUUUCAAGACAAGAGCACCAGAUGGAGGGGUGUACACAUGUAAGGCCAGGAAUGAAUUUGGAGAGAGUCUGGCAGGGGCUGUGCUGUUGGUGGAUGCUGGACCAGGACAUGAAGAUGAAGGGAAUCGUAACGGAUACACUAAUGGCCACUGGAAAGCACAUCAGGGAAAACAGAGAAGUGGUAGGCAGGUUGCGACGAGGCUGAAAGAUGACCCACUGCCAAACUCAGCCAAAGUGAAAAUGUUUGCAGUGACAGAAGGGAAACAUGCAAAGUUUCGGUGCUAUGUAACAGGGAAGCCAAAACCAGAAAUAUUAUGGAGGAAAGAUGGGAGACUUAUCUUGUCUGGGAGACGGUAUCUUUUGUAUGAAGACAGAGAGGGUUACUUCACACUUAAAGUUCUCUACUGCAAACAACAGGACAAUGGAGUUUAUGUCUGUUCUGCUUCAAACACUGCAGGGCAAACCCUGAGUGCUGUACACCUUUUCAUCAAAGAGCCACCUGUCCGAUUUAAGCAACCACUUAAUGACUUGCAAGUAUGGGAGAGAGACCUGGCUGUUCUUGAGUGUGAAGUUCCUGAGGACACUGUUCCAAUCACGUGGUACUUAGAAGACAGACGACUACAGCCUGGAGCCAAAUAUGGGAUGGAGGAGUGGGGGACAAAGCGACGACUCACAAUUCGUGAUAUUGGAGUUGAUGACGAUGGGAUAUAUCUCUGCGAGAUGGCUGAUGGGGGCAGAAGCAUUGCUGAGGUAGCAGUCAAAGGUACCAUUGUAAGAAAGCUGCCACGAAAAGUUGACGUUCUGGAGGGGGAAAAUGCAGCCUUCUGUGUGGAAGUGGAGGAGGAGGAAAUGGACAUUCAUUGGUACAAAGAUGGAACAGAACUAAGGGAGACCCAUCAGACCAUUCUCAAAUCCUUUGGAAGGACACACAUCUUGGUUUUUGUCAACACCACACCACAAGACUCUGGUAUGGUCAUGUUCUAUGUGGGUAGAUCGAAGACGUCAUCGCAGCUACGGGUGAAAGCUGCAAGGCACUGUCCACCAAGCUGUCCUAUCGGGGUACAGAUAAACACAGAACGAGCAAAUGCAGCUCUCCUUUCCUGGUUUCCAGCACAAGACUCUCGGAAGAAUCCACCUUCAGGGUAUAUAAUUGAGAGGCAAGAGGUUGGCUCACAGGAGUGGCUACAAUGUUUAACCACAGACUCUGCAACUUCAGUGGAGAUUCUUGGUGACAGCGUUCCAUGCGAGGCAGACUACAGAUUUCGGAUAUGCAGUGUCAACAAAUAUGGAAGGAGUGGGAAUGUAGAGUUUCCUCGAGCAGUUCACCUUGUCCCAGUUGCCAGAAUCCAAGCACCUCUACAAGACGCUUUAGUGCCAGAGGGCCAGGAUGCCUGCUUUACCAUUGAACUCUCUGCCUCAGUUAUAGGCACUUGGUUCUUAAAUGGAAAUCAGCUUCAAGACGAUGACCGUUUCUCCAUAAGGCGUUCGCGUACACACCAGUCCCUACGCAUUCGUGGGGUACGGGACACAGACAACGGAUCAGAGAUCACCUUCAUUGCCUACGGAAUUCGAGAUUCUGCUGCUUUGUAUAUACAAGCUCCACUGGUAAAAUUCACUCCACUUUCUGAAAUGGAUCGAAACAAAUUUGUGGAGGUUGGCAACCCUAUUGUGCUCUACUGUGAGCUGUCAGACCCUGAGGCUCCAGUUCGUUGGUAUAAGAAUGGUGUUGAACUUCAAUCAAUGGAAGGUCUGCACAUCCAAUCAGAGGGAACAAUGAGGAGGAUUGUCAUCCAGUCAGCUGAUUUCUCCCACUCAGGAGUUUAUAGUUGUGAUGCUAUUGAUGACAUCAUCAGGUUUAACGUGGAGGUUGAGGCUCCACUGGUGAGGUUCUCCGUUCUUCCGGAGGAUGAGAGGAACAAGUCCAUUGAAGCAGGCUCACUGAUAGUACUGCAAUGUGAGCUCUCAGAUCCACUCGCCCAGGUCUCCUGGUAUAAAGAUGGUGUGAAGCUUCUACCACAAAGUGGACUAGACUUCAAGUCCAAGGGCACAAAGAGGCAACUGAUUGUCCAGUCAGCUGAAUUUUACCACUCAGGGGUGUACAGCUGCAAGACAAGGGGUGAUGCUGUACACUUCAAUGUGGAUGUUAAAGCCCCACCUGUGAGGUUCUCUGCUGUCCCUGAGGUUAAGCGGAGAAAGUGCAUUGAAGCAGGCUGCCCCAUUGUUCUGCAAUGCGAGGUUUCAGACUCUACUGCACAGGUCCAGUGGUACAAAGAUGGGGAUCAGCUCCUUGUAGAAUCUGAAGUAGACUUCAAAUCAGAUGACUGCAUGAGAACACUCAGUAUUCAAUCAGCACACCCAUCUCAUGCCGGUGUGUACAGCUGCACAACAAAGGAUGAUGUCAUCAAGUUUCAUGUGGAGAUACGAGCUCCAUCGGUGAGGUUCUCAGCUGUUCCUGAAGCUGAGACGAAUAAAUGCAUUGAAGCUGGUGGCCACUUUGAACUCCACUGUAAGCUCUCAGACCCUACAGCCCAAGUCAGCUGGUUCCACAACGAUACGCAGCUUCAGCCAGAGACUGGUUUGGAUAUUCAGUCAGAGGGAGAUGUAAGGACACUGGUAGUCAAUCCAGCUGAGCCCAGUCAUUCUGGAUUGUACCGCUGUGAAUCAUCUGACGACUCGGUCCAGUUCACUGUGGAUAUCAAAGAUCCACCGGUGAUGUUCUCAGCAUUACCAGACACAGUGAAGAACCAGCUGGUUGAAGCAGACUACUCCACUGAUUUGCACGGUGAGAUCUCAGGUCCAAAUGCCAAUGUGUGUUGUUACAAGGAUGGUGUAGAGCUCGUCUCAAAAAGUCAGCCUCAUAUCAAAUCGGAGUGUACCAGGAGGACGUUAGCUGUCAAGACAGCACAGCCCUCUAACUCUGGAUGGUACGACUGUGUGAGAACUGGUGAUGCCAUCCAGUUUAAUGUACAAGACCAAGCCUCGAGGACAAAUUCCACACCAGUUUGUGGAAUGGAUGAAAGCAUUGAUGCAGACUGUUCCAGGGUACUGCUAACUGAGAAAUCCGACCACACAAUCCAAGAAAAACUUAUAUCCUGCCAAGAAGAUGAGACAACCGUAAUAUUCAAUAAACCUACAACACAGAAAGAGCUCAUCCAGUCAUCAGAGAUGUGUUUGCAAGAAGCAUAUGAGACUGUUACCAAGGAUGAAUUUGUUGUACAUCAAGAGGAAGUGAAAGAACCUUGUCAUAAAGCAGAAUUCUUUACACUACCACCAGAAGAUGAAGUUGUCAGACCCACUGAAGGUGAUUCUCCAGUUCACUGUUACAAGGACAGAAUGCAGUUCUACUCUGAAAAUGGACAUACGCUUGAGGAAAGUGUGCGAAGACUGAAUGUUCCAGUUAUAGGCUCGGGUCAAUCAGGCGUAAACAACUACAAGGCAAAGGAUGAUGACAUAAUAUUUAAGGUGGAUGUCAAAGCUACAUCUUUGCAAACUUCAUCUAUCCAUGAGACUGACAGGAGCAAGUCAAAUGAUGGAACAGAUAUUGCUAAUUUUCCACAACCUGAGGUAUCGAGCACAAUGGCAGAGGUGUUCUGGUACAAGGAAGGCGAGGAACUCCAAGAAUGCGACAUUAUCACGCGAUCUAAGGAGACUUUCAGAGCUCUUGUUGUGAAAACAGCCGAGCCGUCUCACUCUGGAGAACAUGCUUGUGAGACAGAUGAUGUCACCGUCCAGUUUGCAUACCUACCAGCUCCACCUGUGACGUUCUCCAGUGUCCCUGAGGCUCAACGGACCAUAUGCAUUGAGUCAGGAAGACCCUUUAAACUACAAUGCGAAGUCUCAGACCCUGAUGCACAAGUCUGGUGGUACAAAGAUGGGAAUGAGUUGCUUCCUCAAGAUGGUAUGGUUACUGUGUAUGAAGAAGCCGUGAGAACACUCUCUGUGCAAAGUGCUGAAUUAUGUCACAGCGGAACAUACAGCUGCCAGACAAACAAUGAUGCCAUCUCAUUCCAUGUGGAAAUCAAAGCUCCAUCACUGAAGUUCAUGCCAAUUUCAGAAGUGGAGAAGAACAAGUCCACUGAAGUAGACUCCCCAAAUGUUCUGAAAUGUGAUCUAUCAGACGCUACCACAGAGGUGCUCUGGUGCAAAGAUGGUAGAGAGCUGGCCCCAAACCCUGGGCUCAAUUUCCAAACAGAUGGAAAUAUGAGGAAACUAACUGUUCAAUCAGCAGAACUGUCUGAUACUGGAAACAACACCUGUCAUGCUCCAGGUGAUACUGUAUCAUUCAAGGUGGACGUUCAAGCACACCCUGUUAGGUUCUCAGCACUCCCAGAAAUUGCGAGGAACAAGUUUAUCGAAGCAGGCUGUCCCAUUAUACUUCAGUGUGAAAUCUCAGACCCUACUGCCCAAGUUUCCUGGCUCAAAGAUGGAGUCGAACUCCUACAAGACAGUGGGCUUGACAUCCAGUCAGAGGGCACUAUGAAGAGAAUGAUCAUCAAAUCAGCUGAGCUCAAAAACUCAGGCGUGUACAGCUGUGAGGCUGUAGAUGAUCGCAUAGCAUUCAAGGUGGAUGUUGCAGCUCCACCAGCGAUGUUCUCAGCUGUUCCUGAGAUUGAGAAGAGCAAGUCCGUUGAAGCAGGCUGGCCAAUCAUUCUCCAAUGUGAGAUAUCUGAUCCUACAGCCCUGGUCCAAUGGUACAAGGAUGGAUUACAGCUCCUACCUCAAUCUGGGGUUUACAUCCAAUCACAGCACACCAUGAGGACACUGGUUAUCCAAUCAGCAAAUGUAUCCCACUCUGGGUUUUACAGUUGUAAUACUGCUGAUGAUAUCAGCGAAUUUUUUGUGGAUGUUAAAGCACCUCCUGUGACAUUUGCCUACAUACCAGAAGAUGAUCUGCACAGAAAUAUUGUGGAACAAGACAAUCUACUCCUUUGCUGUCAAGUGUCCAGGUCAGAUGCUACUGCACAAUGGUACAAGGAUGGAGUAGAGCUAAAGCCUAGUGACAACGUCCUCAUAGAGGCAGAAAACACUAUACGAAGACUGAUCGUCCUGUCAGCUCAACUCUCAGAUUCUGGGACGUACACCUGUCGUGCUGGAGAUAGUGCAUUAAUAUUUAAAGUUAACGUGAGAGAACCUCCAGUGAUGAUUGUAUAUCCCAAGGAAGAUGUCCACCUUGAUCGCUAUGUUCCCGAAGAAAUUGUCCUCAGCUGUGAACUUUCCCGGCCAAAUGGAAAGGUGACAUGGUUCAAGGAUGGACAGAAACUACAGGAGAGUGAAAACAUAAAGCUAAAGUCAGAGGGUCCGUACAGACGACUAAAAAUUCUGCGCAGUGGUGUUGAGGACUCAGGAGAAUAUGUCUGUGACACAGCUGAUGAUUCAAUAUUCUUCAAUCUAAACAUUAAAGAACCACCAGUGCGCAUAGUUUCUCCUAGUCAGUCCCAAAUGGAACUUUGCCAACAGACUUCUGAGAGGAUGGUCCUGAGCUGUGAAAUCUCUAGACCAAACGCCACUGUACGUUGGUAUCGAGAUGGACUUGAAGUGGAGGAGAGUGACAGCCUAAUUCUGGAGGUUGAUGGUGUCUAUAGGAGACUUAUUAUCCCAAAACCUACCGUCAAAGACUCUGCAGAAUAUGUCUGUGACACUGCUGAUGACUCAGUGACCUUCUUUGUAAACAUCGCAGAGCCACCAGUUAGAUUUAUUCGGCCAAGGAAAAUGGCCUAUGGAGUAGAGAAACUUGUUGGAGACAUUGUGGUUCUUGAGUGUGAAGUGUCUCGACCAAAUGCUGAAGUUAGUUGGAAGAAGGAUGCAGAAGAGAUUGAGGAGAACAGCAACAUAACUAUCACAGAGGAUGGAACAAGUCGACAGUUAACCAUUCACUCUACAGCUUUUGAAGAUGCAGGGCAAUAUAUCUGUGAUGCUAGAGAUGAUGUGAUGGAUUUCCUAGUGAAAAUCAAAGAUCCACCACUAAAAAUUCUGCGGAAAGCUGACAUAGAAACAAAACGCAGAUUUGUAGUAUCUGAUGCCAUUGUGUUAAAAUGUGAGAUCUCAAGACCAAAUGGGGUGGUCAGUUGGCUUAAAGACAAUGAGAAGAUUGAGGGAAAUGAGCAUUUUAUCUGUGAAGAGGAAGUGACAUUCAGAUCCCUGAUUGUCCUGAGCGCUGAGUUGAAGGACUCAGGGGAGUACAUAUGUGAUGCACAAGAUGAUAAAGUUGUCUUCAGUGUUACUGUAGAAGAGGCUCCAGUGUCUAUUGUUGGAAAUUCAGAGAAGCCAGAACACCACAUUUUAAAGACAGGAGAUGAGCUUAUCCUGGAAUGUGCGGUAUCUCAAGUAAAUGCUAUAGUCCAGUGGUACUUCAAUGGACGUUUACUGCAAGAGGAUUCACGCACACACAUUGAAAGCAGAGACACAACGAGGAAGCUUGUGAUAUCAGAACUUCAGAUAUCUGACUCUGGAGAGUAUCUUUGCGAUGCCAUUGAUGACAAAAUGACAACUAGACUAACAGUUCAAGUACCACCAUUCAAAUUUAUCAAAAAAGAUGAAAGAACAAAUAUUUCAGCCUAUGAAGAAGACAGUGUGACACUACGUGCCACUGUUAACAGGGUCAAUGCCCCAGUUAUAUGGCAGAGAGGCCAUGAUCCAGUCAGAGGUGAUCGUUUCCACACAACAAGUGAUGGUAACACCCACUACCUCACUAUUAACCCACUUAAGAGAAGUGAUACUGGAGAAUACACGUGUCAUGUGGGAUCUGACGAGAUGCAUUUCAGUGUCCAUGUUAAAGCAAUGAAAGUGAAAUUCUCAAAACCACUAGAAAACGUAGUGGGACUCAAAGGGAGUGAUGUGGUUUUAAAAUGUGAACUGUACAAGUCAAAAGGAGAUGUUCAGUGGCUUAAGGGAAGCCAAGAGAUUGCACCAAACAGACAUUUUACAAUCAGAGCUGAGGGUCGAGUGAGAAGCCUGACAAUACAUGAUGUCACAGAAGAGGAUGCAGGAGAGUAUGCUUGUGAAUCUAAAGAUGAAAGGACAUCAGCAACUGUAGUGGUCAACAUUCCUCGCAUUGUGGAGUUUAUUGCAGAGCUACACAACAUAACUGUCAUGGAAGGAGAAGACGCAAUAUUUAAGUGUGUGGUAUCUCCAGAGGAUGCAAAGUUGGCCUGGUUUAAGAAUGGCCAGCCAAUUUCAUCAAAUGAGAAGUUCAACAUCUCAAGUAAUGGAUUAUGCCAUAUGCUGCAUAUCAACAACUGCCAAGUCUCAGAUAGCUGCAAGUUGACAGCCGAGGCUGAAGGUGUGAUUUCCAGAGCUAUCCUACAGGUCCAAGAGGCACAGGUGCUUUUCACGAAGAGCAUGGACCCGGUGGUUGCAGAGGAGUUUGGUGAGGCAACACUUGAGGUGGAGGUCAGCCUUGAGACUGCGGAGGUGCAGUGGAUGAGACAAGGAGUGGUUAUACAUCCAGGGUCCAAAUUCACCCUGAAGCAGAAUGGCCAAAAACGUUCUCUCACAAUCCACAAACUCACCCUUUCAGACCGCGGCACCUACAGCUGUGAAACGCUUCAUGACCGCACACAAGCCAAGCUCACUGUGGAACCACGAAAAAUCAAGAUUCAGAAAGAUCUAACUGAGAUCCAGACUUACGAACGAGAGACGGCUUCUUUUGAGGUGGAGCUGUCACAUGGCAAUGUGGAUGGUGUGUGGCAGAAGGAUGGGCACAUUCUCAAAAACAACAACCGCUUGCGGAUGACUGCAAAAGGACGAGUACACAGCCUAACCAUCUCCAACCUGACCUUGGAUGACACUGGCACCUACAUAUUCUAUGUUGAGAACAUCAGAUCACUAACAAGAUUGGAAGUUAAAGAAAUUCCAGUAUCAAUUCUGAAAAAGCUCGAGGAUAUCAGGCAACCAGAAGGAUCUGCCGUAACCCUUGAAUGUGAGCUCUCACGCCACAAUGUGGAUGUCAAGUGGACAAAGAAUGAAGUUCAGCUUAAACCAGGAAAAAAUCAUCGCAUUUACUCGAUGGGAAGAAAGUGCUUUCUACAGAUACUGAAGUGUGAGCUGGGAGACUCUGGUUUAUAUGUGUGUGAUGCUGGGGAUGCCACUACCUCCUGUUCAGUGGAUAUCUAUGAGAGGGAGCUUGAGAUACUACAAAGCUUAGAGGAUCUGGAUAUUCAAGAAGGUCAGAAUGCAGUGUUCAUGUGUGAAGUGUCCCUGGACGAUGUGCCCAGAGAGUGGUUUAAGAAUGGCGAGAAGAUCAAAUCAACCAGCACCAUUAAGAUUCGUCAGGAAGGGACAAAGCACUUCCUCCUCAUAUGCAAUGUUAAAGAAGACGAUUCUGGAGAGAUCAAGUUUGUUGCCAAGAAUGUUGAGACUACAGCUUACCUUGAGGUGGAAGCACUACCAGCAAACAUUGUGAAACCACUUCAGGACAAGACUGCUCUGGAAAAAACCCGCGUCAUACUGGACUGUACUGUGACCAAUCCGCGUUGCAGCAUUCGCUGGUAUAAGGGACCGAAUGUCAUCCUGCCCUCAGAGCGCUUUGAGAUCUGCAGUGAAGGGUGCUAUCGAAAACUUGUGAUUCAGCAGGUGUUGCUAGAAGAUGAGGGCACCUACAGUGUCCAAGUUGGAAACUACACAUCUUCAGCAAAACUAACUGUUGAAGCUCUGUCAGUCCUAAUGGUGAGAGAGCUGCAGGACGUGGAUGUGACAGCUCCUGCAGAUGCAUGCUUUGAAUGUGAAGUGUCUUUGCCUGUGGCCAAGGCACCUACCUGGACCCUGAAUGGGGAGACACUGCAUCCUGGUCCUAAAGUUGUGGUGGGGAAAAUGGGAACCAUUCAUAGGCUCAUUCUCAAACAAACAUCCGAAGACAUGAGCGGCACAGUGUGCUUUAUCACAGGGAGAGUCAAAAGCACUGCACAUCUGCAAGUCAUAAGUAACCACUGAGAAACAACACAUAAGCACUUACAGUGCAUAAUGCUCAACUACGCCACUAUUUAAAUACAAAAAUACCUAAUGAAAUUAUGAAACUAUUAACUGUUUUAAUGUGUCUGAAAGAGAUAGGUCUAUCUUUAAUUUAUUUGAAAUGCAAAUUUAUUAUGCUGUUUUACAUAUCAUAUCCUGCUCUUUAUGGUUUACCAUUCAUUGCAUAAUCAUUUUUAAGUUUUUCUAAAUUUAUGAUCAAACACAUUGUGCUUUAUAGGCUACACAAAAAAUGAACAACACCAGGCCAGACACCCAGAAAUGUAAUUCACCCAUGUUGUUACUGCUUAAAUUUCUUGCACAGUAAUUUGGUAUUUAAUUUUGAAAUUUGUGUACUACUGUAUAUCCUUGUAUAGAUAUCCUUUGUGUUGUUUUUUAAAUUCUUGUUGUGUGGGAUGCAGAUUAAAGUGAGGUUAAGGCGAAAUAAAAAUGUGCCGGGCCAAAGAUGAUCAAAAGAGGGUUUGGGACGGAAAGUAACUUCAGCAUACAUAACAAAUACACUGAAUUCAAGAAUACAGACAUUUUACAAAGUAGGGAAACAUUUACAAAUAAAUGAAAAUGGUUUUGAUAGUUGUAGUUGUUUGCUUCUGUUGUAAUCAGAAGGUAUGUCACGAUUCUUGCCUUUUACUGAAGUAUCCGAAUAAAGUGCUGCAAUUUUCCCUUGUUAAGCAAUAUCU